AUGGCGACAGCUUCAAUCGGAGAUGGAGACGGAAGUUUGAGGGCAAAAAUUCGAGAAAAUUUCACCAACUGCUCCAUCUGCCUCAAAGAUUUUGAAGAUCCAACGAUUCUCCCCUGUCUCCACACCUACUGUAAACGAUGUCUGGCCAGCUACAUCCCCGAAAAUAUACCAGGAAGCAAGUUCUUGUGUCCCUUGUGCCAGAAAGAGACAAAACUCCCGGAAGAUGGAGUUGAAGGAUUCAACCAUAACUACUUCAUAGACAGCCUCCAGAACACUGCGCAAGUAGGACACAGGUUACAAGAGCUACUGCUGCCAUCUGGUGGCGGUGAUAUCCCACAGCACCUCAGCCUUCAUCUACAGACCAACAAUGAUGUUGACAGAGAAGUGAACAAGGGGACAGGACUUGGGAAGAUACAACAAAACAGAAAAGAUAUUCAAGGCAUAAGUUCACGUGGACCACCGGUUGUAACACGGAAGGCACAGUUCAGAGAUAAACCACACUUGGUUACUGAAUUUGAUUUAAACUGUAUCUAUCCGGUCAGUCUGACCACCUGUUCCAAGCCGCAGCUCGGAUACCUGGUGGUGGAUUAUGAUAACAACAAAGUGUGUAGAUUCAGCUCAGAUGGACAACUCCUUGUGGAAAAAUCCAAGGCUGGUAACAGGUCACUGUGCGAACCUUUAGGUAUAGCAUCACUUCCUGAUGGUACCACAGUGGUCUCUGAAUAUGGCAACAACAAACUUACCUUCAUGUCACGGGACUUAAAUCUCACCAAAGAAGUGGCUAUGGAAGGUCCUGAUGGUUUGUAUGUUACCAACUCCAAUACUAUCCUGGUUGCCCAGCCUAAUCUUAAACAAGUCAGCAUUGUCAACAUUCACGGUGCCACAGUGGAUACCAUAAAGCACAGUAGCUUUCAGUGGCCUUGGUGUGUGACUGUUCUUAACAAUGGGAACAUUGUUGUUUCUGAUUACAAAGCUAAAGCAGUCUUCAUCCUGAGUCCCACUGGGUCACUGCUCCACACUUACACUGGCUCUGGACAGCAUCAACGGUGUGAACCAAACGUUGUCUGUGUUGACCAGUAUGAUAACAUUAUGAUUGCUGACUGUUACACUAACAAAAUUCACAUCAUAUCAAAUGAUGGUGAGUUUGUAAAAUUCUUAGCAACUAAAGAUGACGGGCUGCAGAUUCCUCUUGGUUUAACUAUCAACCAUGAUGGUGAUUUAGCAGUGUCUCAGUACGGAGGGAAGAUCAAGGUGUUUAGAUACAUGGAUUCAUAG